AUGGUCGCUGCAAGAUACGAAGUCAACGAAAAGGUCGAUGUCAAAGUUUUGGGAGAGCAGUUGGCCUUCAAGACGAGUGGAAGAGUGGCCAAAAAUCGGUUUUUGAAGGUAAAAGUUUGGAAUUUUUUUUUGAUUUUUUGGUGAAACUGGGAGGAUUACGGUAGGAAAAAUUUUAAUCCUUUUUUCAAAAAAUUUUAAAAUAAAAAAAAAACUUCUUUUUUGAAAUUUAUGCCAAUUUUUCAGGCCUCAAUGACGGAGACCCUCGCCACUUGGGACAGGGAUAACCUCCUAAAUGUUGGAAUUCCCACUGAAUCUUUGCACAAUUUGUAUGAGAAAUGGGGAAAUGGAGGAUUUGGCGUGGUCCUCACCGGAAAUUUGAUAGUAGAUCAUCUGCACCUGGAGAGUGCUGGAAAUAUGGUCAUCAGCAAGGAAACGUGGUCCGACAGAAAGGCCGAGGCUUAUCGGUAGGUUGAUUUUUUUCGGAAAAAAGGAAAAACAAUUUUUUUUUUUGUUUUUCAAAAAUUUUUUGUCCCGGAUUUUAAUCAAUUUUUAUAUUAUUCAUGUCCUUAAUGGCCUAUGUUCCCAAAAAACCCAAAAUUUUCCUAUUUUUUGGACUUUCAGCAAGCUCGCCCAAGUCAUCAAAUCCGACGGCUCUCUGGCUAUCGCUCAAGCCAGCCAUGGCGGUCGUCAGAGCCCUGAAAUCCUCGUUGCUCAUCCAUUUGCCCCAUCGGAUGUUCAACUGACCCGCAAAACGUUUGGCCUCUCCUUCGGCCGUCCCAGAGUCUUGACCCUAGAGGAAAUCCAAACCGAAGUCAUUGAUCGGUUUGUGUUUACCGCUCAAAAGCUUUACGAAUCCGGAUUCGAUGGAGUGGAGCUUCAUGGAGCUCAUGGAUACCUUUUGGCGCAGUUUAUCUCACCGCAAACCAACUUGAGAACUGAUCGGUAUGGAGGAAAUGCGGAGAAGAGAGCGCAAAUCUUGGUCGACAUUUAUAAUGCUAUUAGGUAAGAGGGGAAAUACAGAAGUUUUAGGAAAAAAUCUACAUUUUUUUGGAGAAAUAUUGUCCUUUUUCAAAUAAAAAUACUAAAAAAAUCAACUUUCAGAGAGAAGAUCCCAGCCUCCACCGGAUUUGUGAUUGGCGUAAAACUGAAUUCCGUUGAAUUCCAAAACCACGGGCUUGGCUUGCAAGACGCUGUGACGACCGCUAAAAUUGUGGAUGUAAGUUUUAUACAUCUUUUCUGCAGUAUUUUUAAAAAAAAUUUCACUAAAAUGAAAGCAUCCCAAAUGAAACGCUCAGAUUUUGAUAAAAAUUGGGACAAAUUUAGAAUGAUUUUUCAGAAGACAUAUGCAAGAUUUUUAGCUCGCGCUUUGCAGAAAUCACCGAGAUCUUUUCGGUCGGAAUUUGGAAAAAAUUGACUAUUUUUUAAAUUUUUUGGCAUAAAGUUUGUUAAAUAUUUCUGCUUUAGAGAGUGCAGUUUUUCCACAAAACAUUUUUUCCCCUCGAAACUGGCAAAGUUAUGGCCAAAAAGUGUUUUUUCUUUUUGACCACUCUCCGCGUUUUGCAUACUCUCUCGGCAGCAGAGAUCGUUCAAUAUCUCUGGCCUCCGUGGAAAGUGAGAGUUAAAACUUUCACGAAUUGAUCGGUGGCCUGUGCCAGGCGUGUAUGCAAAAUCGAAAGAAAAUCAGAAGAUCGCACUUGGGUACAUAAUCCAACAAAAGUUUUGGGAAAAAUUCAUACUGUGCUGAAAAUUUCCAAGUCUUUUCCUUUCAAAAUUCACAAAAUCCAUUUUUCAGUCCACCGGUUUUGAUUUCAUCGAAUUCUCCGGCGGUACCUACGAGUCCUGGGCCCUGACUCCUCGCGAAUCGACCAAAAAACGCGAAGGAUUUUUCGUUCAAUUCACCGAAGCCAUCAAGCCUCAUCUCCAGAACGUCGUUGUCUACCUGACUGGCGGCUUUCGGACGGCUUCUGGCAUGGUCAAAGCGAUUAAGGACGGGGCCACCGACGGGAUUGGGUUGGCGCGGCCGAUCGCGGCCGAGCCCGAUUUGCCGAAGAAAAUUCUGUCGGGCAAGGUCACUGCGGCCUCCGUAAAUCCGUUUGAGCAUGAUUAUGAGAAGGGAUAUGCAAUUGCGACCACUCAGAUGGGGCAGGCCGGCGCUAUCGCCUUCAAAAACUGCAAUGGAAAUCCGUCGUACGCGAUCUUUGACCAAAGCAAUCCACGGGAAUUGAGCGCGUUCUUCGAGGAAUUUGCAAAGUAUUAUGUGGAAAAAACGGAAAAAGCCAAGAAUGGAGAGCCACCGAGAGGAGUCCUCAAUUAUCGAACCAAGAAUUUUGCGGUACCGGCAAAUGUUUGA